AAGAAAGUAUCAGUGUAACAGUGACCGUAGCGUGAUGAUAAAAAAUACAUGUAUCUUUAAAACAAGUGCAUAGCCCAAGUUAUGAGAGUUUUUGUAAUUUUAACGUUAGUUUUGGGGGCACGGUGUUGCCCAGAUGGCUGGAUUCAACAUAGCCUUUCUUGCUACCAUUUCAGCCAUGAUCUUGAAACCUGGCCUGGAGCAGACUAUAUGUGUGAAAAAAUGGGCGGAAAAUUGGUAGAAAUCGAGACAGCUGCUGAGAACGCCUACUUAACACCUAUUGUGGACUCCCAGAAGCACAACUACUGGAUCGGUCUCAGUGACGUUCAAGAAGAAGGUAUCUGGAUGUGGAUGGAAAGUAAAGAAAAACUCAGUACUACUGGAUUCAGUCACUGGUAUCCCAAUCAACCAGAUAAUUCAGAAGCAAAUGAAAACUGUGCAACAAUUAACUUUGACGUAGGAGGUAAAUGGAAUGACUGGCAUUGCAACGGAAAAGAAGCUAAUUAUAUAUGUGAGAAAGAUAGGGAAACAGACGUCGUUGGCUGACUGUCCUUGAAUUUAAAUUGAAAUUAUAAAAUCAAGCACUGUAAUAAAACAGACAUAUGAGA